AAACGCAUGGCAAACGCUGUAGUUUCGAAACCAAUAUGGCGGCCGAGGUUGAUAGAGUCAGAGAAGAUAGAAAAGAAAAAUCGAGAAAGGAGGAAGAAGAUAAAGAAUCAUCAGAUAGUGAUUCAGAAGAAGGGCCCCGGUUUGCAAAGGACGAUAAGAUAACAUCUGAACGCAAGCAUGAUCACAAGAAGAAGAAGAAAAAGCACAAACACAAACAUAAGAGUCAUAAGCACAAGCACAAACACCAAAAGAGAAGAGACAAGGAAGACGCCCCUGAAAAUGGCGAACCUGCCGAGAAAAAGUCUAAAAUUGCAGACGAACUUUUGGAACUCGAGAAAAGGAAAGCGUUUUUACAGGAGCAGCUGGCUGAAGCUUCUCGAAUUAAUGAGAAACAAUCAGCUGGAAAUCAUAGAUUACCUUUGAGUAAGACAGAUGAUAAAACUAAGGACAAGCAAAGAGAUAAACACAGACGAGAUGAUCAUGAACUUGACAGAAAGCAUAAGGUGACUGAAGCGAGAGAAUUUGAUGAACAUGAAAAACAAAAGGGAAGAAGGAAAAGCCCAAGAAAAGAAAGUGAAGAUAAAGAGGAUGGCAAGGAAAAUAGUAAACCAAGCAGUGAUUCAGUCAGAGUUGAAAAAUUGAACAGUCACUCACACAGUCACAGAUCUAGAAAACACAGUGGUUCUUAUGAUAGCAAAACUGAAUCAAAAGCCAGGCAUGAUUCAAGCUUAAAAAGUAGUGAUAUUGAAAAGGAAAAGCCUGCUCCUCACAGGAGAGAUUCAACUAAAACUGAUACAAACAGAAAGGACAGUGAAAUGAAAUCAAGAUCACCCAGACAUCAUUCAAAAUCUAGAUCACCAAAAAGAAGUGCAGUCUCUGACAAGGAAGAUAAAUCAAGAGAAAGACCAAGAAAGUCAGGUAGCAGGUCUCCCAGGAGAACUUUAUCUAAGGAAAGGAAAAGUAAACAGGAUUAGAGCAGAAGGAGUAGCAGAUCUCCUAGGCGACAGAGAAGGUCAUCUUCUAGAUCGCGAAGACUCAGCAAGUCACCAAAGAGAAGAAGCAGAUCACCAAGACGUCGCAGCCGCUCUCCAAGGAGAAGGAGUAAAUCCCCAAGACGGCAUAGCAGGUCUCAGUCACCUCGGCGGAAAAGACGUGACAGUGAUAAAUUCAAGGGAAGCUACUCUGAGGGGCAAGCCCACAAGGGAGAUUCAGAUCCAGAUGUUGACCUCUACAACUUUGAGAUUGAUGAGAAGGAAGAAGAUGAAGAUGCAAUCAUUGAGAAAAGAAGGUUGCAGAGAUUAGCCAUCUUAAAAAAAUAUCAAAGUGGUGACACUGCAUCAAAUGCCCCUUCAGCUACCAACUCAGUUGUGUCUCAGUCUCCACCUGGAGAGAAAUCAGACAGUGAAGACAGCGUUACUGUAGAAAAACAAGCCACUGAAGAUUUGGAACAGGAAAUAGCAUUAGCAAGUAGCAAAACAGAGAAGGAGCUUAAAGAUGUCAAGGACAACAUGGAGACAAAACAAGAAAGCAAAACAAAAUCUGCUAUGGGAGACAUGUUUGCUGAUGAUGAUAUGUUUUCUGAUAAUUACAGUAGUCCUGCAAGGACUUUGAAGCUGGAAGCAGGAAAGGAAAAUCCUAACUUAACAGACAACUGGGAUGAUGCCGAGGGAUACUAUAGAAUUCGCAUCAGUGAAAUUCUUGAUAAGCGCUACUGUGUUUAUGGUUACACUGGAGCAGGAGUAUUUGGAAAUGUUGUACGUGCUAGAGACCAAGCAAGAGGAAACCAGGAAGUGGCUGUGAAAAUAGCCAGGAAUAAUGAGAUGAUGCACAAGACUGGCUUGAAAGAGCUUGAAUUUCUGAAGAAGUUGAAUGCAGCUGACCCUGAUGACAAGUAACACUGUCUGCAAUUGUAUCGACAUUUCUUUCAUAAGAACCAUCUGUGUCUUGUGUUUGAAUCUCUGAGUAUGAAUCUGAGAGAGGUUCUACGGAAGUAUGGCCAGAAUGUGGGACUUCAUUACAAAGCCGUCCGUUCAUAUAGUCAGCAGUUAUUCCUUGCCCUUAAGCUCUUAAAGAAGACAGGUAUAAUUCAUGCAGACAUUAAACCUGAUAAUAUCCUGGUGAAUGAAUCUAAACUGGUGGUAAAGCUCUGUGAUUUUGGAUCAGCUUCAUUUUCUUCCGAUUGUGAUAUAACUCCAUACCUUGUCAGUCGUUUUUAUCGAGCCCCAGAAAUAAUCAUAGGUGCAAAGUAUGACUACAGUAUAGACAUGUGGUCUGUGGCAACUACUUUAUUUGAGCUUUACACGGGAAAGAUUAUGUUCCCUGGGAAAACCAACAAUGAAAUGCUGAAGCUGAUGAUGGAUUACAAAGGGAAAAUGCCCAACAAGAUGAUUAGAAAAGGAUCAUUGCGAGAUCAGCACUUUGAUGAGAACUGUAACUUCCUUUAUCAUGAGGUGGACAAAGUCACUCAGAGGGAAAAGGUAACAGUCAUGGGAGCCAUCAACCCCAACAAAGAAGUGGUUGAGUCUCUACUAGGCUACAAAAAGCUGAAUGAGGAACAUAAACGUAAAGUCAUGCAGCUUAAGGAUUUGCUUGACAAAUGUCUCAUGCUGGACCCAGCCAAACGAAUCUCUCUCAAUCAGGCUCUCACACAUCCUUUCAUCACAGAAAAGGUUUGAGCCGAUGAACACUGUACAUAAGACUUCACCUCUCUAGUUUUUUUUUUUUUUUUUCU